UCCGCUUCUACUUUAAAGAUCACUAUUUGAUGAUACUUGAGCCCUCUGAUGUGACAGAAACAAAAUCAUGAAACAUAAAAAAGAACUUUAUGUCAAGAUAAUCCACGGGGUAUUUUUAAAUCCCCCUCAAUAACAACAAACGUCUUCAGGCAUCUCAUCACAGCCAACUGUAUCACUUCCAUCAUGAGACGGCUGCAGACUGAACAAACCCUCCGGCUGGAAAAGUUCGCCCCGGUUGCAGCUGUUGCUCCCACUCAAGCAUCCUACACCCGUGAUCCACCCCCCACACCAACACACACUCUGACAAUGUGUGAGACACACCCAGGGACAUAUGCCUCAGACUUCGAGGCAGUCACACCACCGGACCAGCACCAAGUGAGAUGUUUGAGUCGGUGCCCUGAAUUCCUUGCUGCUGGAGAUGUUUAGGAACGCCUGCUGCUCAGACAUUAUUAAAAUUGAAUAGCUGCUAAAAGACUUUGGAGUAAUACAUCUCAAGAAAUGAAUGUGUAAUGUGUUCUUGUUCUUUAAUUGAUUUAAAUAAGUGGAAGUGUUUGUAAGGCGGCGGCUGGAUGUCAAAAUAUCUAACGCUCAGUCUUAAGACUUUCUAGGUCAAUGGUAAUUCGCUGAGGCAUCAUUGAUCCGUACGACUCUAGUUAAUAAAGCAGAUGUGUCUCCAGGAAAUGCAACAAUUACUUUGACUUUAUUUCUUCUAAUCAGUUUUUAAUAGAAAAGAAACUGACCUACAGAUUUUUUUUUGCCAAAAGUUACUUCUUUUUUUGAGCAUCAACCUCAAACUUGAUUAACUGCGUAAAUGUUGUUAAUAGUAUCAUUCCCAGCUUCAAUUCAUGAUCUUAAAGGUGUAAAAAAAAGAGACUGCAGAAGUAUUCGUACAAAAGCAGAUAAAUACUCCAGAUAAUUACAAAUGGAACCCAGUCAACGUGAAAGUAAAAAGCAUUGAUGCUAUUGUAGAUGCCAACAGACUACAGCAAACACACCUCAGUGAGAUGUGGGGAGAUGGAGAUGCAUGCUGCACAUGGUCGGAACAGGACUCUAACUCACGACCGUGGUCCCUAUACAUCGGGCAUGCUAACCCACUGCAUUCCUCAAAUUUACAAUUUUUUUAGAACAAGUUUCCUAUUUGAAUUCAGAAAACGCCUCUUAAAGGUGAGGUAGGCAGGAUCUGAGGAAGUGCCGGUU